CCGCGACACUAUCCCUGCAAUAUCCCCACGACGACAGCAACGUCGUCUCCAUCGUCCUCGCCGCUCCCCCCAGUCUUUCUGGGCUGUUCGACUGGCCACGACGGCUCUCUCACAUAUUUCUUCGUCUUUGGCGUCGUAAUUCGCUCCUUUUUAUCACCCAAACGUUGCCCAGAUGCUCUACCUGACGUCCGAUGAAUUUCCAAUCUUCGUUCCGUUUGGUGUCAUUGGCUUUUACCGCUACCUAUGGUAUAUAAUUCGCGUAACCGCCUCUCUCACAUAUCGCCCAGUACCUCUACCCGAGAACCCCACCUACAUCGCAUCUGAGGAUGUUACUAUUAUUGUACCCACCAUCGACGCCGGAGAGGAGUUCAAGGAAGCGGCCAAUAGUUGGCUUGCUGGCAAGCCGAAAGAAAUUCUUAUCAUCACCGAAGAAAAAAUGCUUGGUCCCCUGCAAGACCUCGCAAACCAGGUCGACCCGGAGCGUAUACGUGUUCUUACCGUCCCCUUCGCGAACAAGCGACUCCAGAUGAGCCAUGGAAUCAAGAACACCACUACCGAUAUUAUUGUCUUUGCCGACGACGACGCUAUUUGGCCGCCCACACUCUUGCCAUACGUUCUCGCAUGCUUUGAGGACCAGAAGGUCGGAGGCGUAGGCACCAGCCAGCGUGUUCAGCCGGUUGGAAACAGGAUGACUGUUUGGGAAGUCCUGGCCGCCUUCCGCCUCACAAUCCGAAAUAUCGAAAUUUCCUCUUCCACACACAUAGACGGCGGCAUCCCUUGUCUUUCAGGACGUACAGCUGCCUACCGUACCGUCAUCCUGAAGGACCCUGAAUUUCUUCAUGGCUUUACGCACGACUAUUGGCUUGGCAAGUACCAGCUGAACUCGGGAGACGACAAGUUCCUCACACGCUGGAUGGUGAGCCACGGCUGGAGCACUUACGUGCAAUGCUGUAAGGAGGCCGAGCUUCUUAGUACUAUGAAACCCAAUUGGCGCUUCUUGAAGCAAGUUUUGCGGUGGACUAGAAAUACUUGGCGUUCGGAUUUGAGGAGUCUUUUCAUGGAACGCCAUGUUUGGACUUCUCAUCCUUACGUCGCCUUUACAAUGGUUGAUAAAUUAUUUAACCCAUUUACCCUGCUCGUCGGUCCCUGCUUGGUGUCGUACCUCAUGUACAAGAGCACCAUACCAGUCGCACAAGGCGGAUAUCACUUGCCGUGGAAUAUCCUUUGCUCAUAUUUUGUGUGGCUAGUCGCGACACGGACAUUUAAACUCCUACCUCACCUCUGGACGCGUCCACAGGACGUCAUCUAUGUACCAGCAUUCAUCCUCUUCGGGUACUACUUCGCCAUCAUGAAACUUUAUGCUCUUUGCACGCUGCACGAGACCGGAUGGGGCACGCGUGCAGGUAUUGGUGAUGCCUCUGCCGCCACAGCUGCCGCGGAUCGGAUGAACGAGAAAACCAACAACAACCCCUAUCAACAAAACAAUCCAUAUAACAGCGACCAAUCACCAUUUCGGGAUCAACCUCUGCCAUCACCGUACCAUGACAACCCCACAUCCACCUCGGCUACUCCCGUGUAUUCCUCAAGAGCGACCACCGGCCGAAGUGGUAGUAUUAGCCGACGAAGACCUACGGAAGAACAGGGAAGUAAUCUUGAGCUUCAGGUUGGGUUUGCGCGGUGACGACGUUGACACCAUGGACAGCGAGGUGAUGGGAGCUGGAACUCGCGAAACUUUGAUCGGGCUGGUGCUGGCAUGGUACGGUUGGCACAAGGUAUAGAAGAGCUUAUGAUGAUGACACUUUUUUUCGACACCACCCUCGUUUCCUACGUCCCACCCUCACUCCCUCCAUCCUACACAUACAUCUGAACUUUUUACAUACCCCUUGUUACCUCGUGGAUCCCACCCUCAUACAAAUCACAUUGUGUAGCAUCAUCCAAUUUUCAAGCAGCAUACCGUUCUGCGAUAUCUCGUACCUUAUUCCUCAUUUACUCUAUCGAACCUGGUAAUAUCAGCAGAACG